CUUAUCUACAUAGAACACAAUAAAAGUUUUUUACCUUUUGCAUACAAUUUACAACUUUAAGGCAAGAAAAUGCCUUUACCAACUAAGGAGGAUUCUAGUAGGAAGUUCAUGGUGGGAAGCAGUGACUCGGAGACAGAUAAUGAGGACCUAGCCCUUGUACACUUGGUUCUCAGGAAGCUCAAUAUUAAUGAUCAAGCACUGCUGCACCGUCACUUCGACAAAGUGCCCGAUGCCUUUAGUUCCCUGUGGCGGGAUCAAUACGACCGAUUGGACUUGGGUCAAAUGCAGUGGAAACUUCACGGAUCGAACCUUCACUUAUUUCUGCAGGAUAUGUGUACUGGGUUUAGGAGCGUCCAUUUGCGCAGUGAGCAGCUGCAGGAGGAAUUGAAUAUCCUGGAACAGGCGGGCAUUGAACGUCUGGUCAACGUGGAGUCCUGUGAGAUUUCCGGGGGUCAUUCGCCGAGCACUAAGAACAGAAGCUUUCCACAAUGGCCAUUUCACGCCUUACCCAAACUUCUGAGCAAUCUGAUUUAUCUGGAGAUACAUGCUUCUGUACAGGCCUGCUUUAUUGACCGUUUUAGAAAACUGGAAUCACUUAAGAUCUACGCAGAGAUUUCCAGUUCAGCUUUAAAGGCUAUUUUAUCUAGUGAUAUGCCAUUGACACAAUUGCACUUGCUGGGAAAUCUUAGCCACCAACUUGAGGGAAUCUCGAAGUGCAAACAGCUAAGGAAUCUGUUGGUAAAUCUUCCUACUUUCUUAUCCAGUCCGAGUGAGGUUUGUCAACUGCCGGAGCUCUUGGUUCUAAGGCUCACUCAGCUUAAGGAAUUGGACAUCAAGGCCACCUUAAAGGCUUUAUCCAGAGUGAUUCAGGAGAAAGGCAGUCAACUCAAAAGCUUUCAACUUAACUGCAACUUCAUGGAUCAUGCAGAGUAUCUAAGCCAAAUGAAACUAAAUCUCUGCCUUAGUUUGGAUGAGCUGGAGUUAGUUGAUUGCAUAUUCAAAAAUCAGGACUUGACCAAACUGUGUCUGCCUAUUUCUCAAAGCUAUACUUUAUUUUGCAAUUGCCCCGAUCUAAAUGAUGACCAACUAUUGGAUUUUAUCAAGGCCAGUCCCAACCUAAAAGAACUUGUACUCAUUGAGUGCCCAAAACUGACGGAGGGACUUUUUAAUAAUGUUGUGAAAGUUCGUUGCAGUGGGGAAACACAGCCUCCUUUGUUAUUCAGAAUUAAGGAUUCUCAGGAUAUUUGGGAUUCCUACCAAAAGAACUUGUCAAGCCUUUGGGCUCGAAAACGAUCUAUCCUGAAACUGGAAUGCAUUGCGGAGGAAUACGUACCUAUUGAUAAUGUCCAGUUUAUUUUUCACGAACCACUACGAAGUCCGAUUGCUUUGUAAAAUGAUUUUACUAGUGUAAAUGGAGGUCCUCGUCAGUAUCAAUAUUUGUGAAUUAAAACUAACUCAAAAAUAUUU